CCGGCCUCGAUCAGCCACGUCAAAUACACAUUUCUCGAUAUCCCUUUCAUUGAGCUUCCCUAGCUCUCACAACCAUCCCUCAUGGCUAACGACGAAUAUGAUUUUCUCUUCAAAGUGGUGCUCAUCGGAGAUUCCGGCGUCGGAAAGUCCAACCUUUUGAGUCGAUUCACUCGCAAUGAGUUCAACCUGGACUCCAAGUCAACCAUCGGCGUUGAGUUCGCAACCCGCUCCAUCCAGGUGGACUCCAAGACGAUCAAGGCUCAGAUCUGGGAUACUGCUGGUCAGGAACGCUACCGCGCUAUCACCUCCGCCUACUACCGCGGUGCGGUCGGUGCCCUCCUUGUUUACGACAUCAGCAAGCACCAAACCUACGAAAAUGUCAACCGUUGGUUGAAGGAACUCCGGGACCACGCCGACUCCAACAUCGUCAUCAUGCUUGUUGGAAACAAGAGUGAUUUGAGACACUUGCGGGCUGUGCCCACAGAGGAGGCUAAGCAGUUUGCCAGCGAGAACAACCUUUCCUUCAUCGAGACCUCCGCUCUCGAUGCCAGCAAUGUCGAACUUGCUUUCCAGAACAUUCUGACAGAAAUCUACCGCAUUGUGUCCAGCAAGGCUCUCGACAGCGGUGACUCCGGACAGAGACCGCUUGACCAGCCUCGCGUGGAUAUCACCCAGACGGAUGAUCUCCAGACAAAGCAGGGCUGCUGCUAAGGUUCAUUGCUCCGGGAACGACACGCCAACCGCAACGAUUUUUAUUCUGCGAUGUGAUAAUUGAACGGUCUUGAUCUGUCUUUUGGGUCUGUUACUUAGCCUCCACGGAGAUGAUACACGAGAGGGACAUGGUUGGGGACAGUUAAGGAACAUGGUCAUCGGAAGGCGAUAUUUAUUGGACGCUAGUCUAUUCCACCUCCGGCUUUUUUAUUUUUACUUAUUUUCAUUUCCCCCCAUUCGUCUUUUUUCAUUUUGACACGUUUUCAUUCACCAUGUCAAAUUCCUUUCCCCUAACUAUGAAAUUGAGUGUUUUUCACUGUCUGCAAUGAUUUGUUUUAUCAGACGCCUUCGGUUUCGUCUCCCUGCCCCCAUGCUGGUUCAUUGUCAACCAUGGUCCCCUUGCUGGUUCACUGAGCUUUGGUUGUUCUAUUCACGGGCGUCUAUCAUA